AUGUUCAUUAUCUAUCAAUCUAUCUCUCUCUCUCUCAUAUGUUUCAUUAUCUCCACAAUCUCUCUCUCUCUCAAUAUGUUUCAUUAUCUCAAUCAAUCUCUCUCUCUCAAUAUAUUUCAUUAUCUAUCAAUCUCUCUCUCUCUCAAUAUGUUUCAUUAUCUAUCAAUCUCUCUCUCUCUCAAUAUGUUCAUCUAUCUCUCUCUCUCUCUCUCUCUCUCUCUCUCAAUAUGUUCAUUAUCUAUCAAUCUAUCUCUCUCUCUCUCUAUCUCAUUAUCUAUCAAUCUAUCUCUCUCUCUCAUAUGUUCAUUAUCUAUCAAUCUAUCUCUCUCUCUCUCUCAAUAUGUUCAUUAUCUAUCAAUCUAUCCCUCUCUCUCUCUCAAUAUUAUAUUUCAAUCUCUCUCUAUCUCUCAAUAUGUUCAUUAUCUAUCUCUAUCUCUCUCUCUCAUAUGUUCAUUAUCUAUCAAUCUAUCUCUCUCUCUCAAUAUAUUUCAUUAUCUAUCAAUCUCUCUCUCUCUCUCAAUAUGUUUCAUUAUCUAUCAAUCUAUCUCUCUCUCAAUUUCUAUCUUCAAUCUAUCUCUCUCUCAAUCAUUAUCUAUCAAUCUCUCUCUCUCAAUAUGUUCUAUCUUAUCUAUCAAUCUCUCUCUCUCUCUCAAUAUGUUCAUUAUCUAUCAAUCUAUCUCUCUCUCUCAAUAUGUUCAUUAUCUAUCAAUCUAUCUCUCUCUCUCUCAAUAUGUUCAUUAUCUAUCAAUCAAUCUAUCUCUCUCUCUCAAUAUGUUCAUUAUCUAUCAAUCUAUCUCUCUCUCUCUCAAUAUGUUCAUUAUCUAUCAAUCUAUCUCUCUCUCUCAAUAUGUUCAUUAUCUAUCAAUCUAUCUCUCUCUCUAUAUGUUCAUUAUCUAUCAAUCUAUCUCUCUCUCUCAAUAUGUUCAUUAUCUAUCAAUCUAUCUCUCUCUCUCUCAAUAUGUUUAUUGUCUCAAUAUAUCUCUCUCUCUCAUUAUCAUUAUCAUCAUCUAUCUCUCUCUCAAUAUGUUCUAUCAAUCUAUCUCUCUCUCUCUCAAUAUGUUCAUUAUCUAUCAAUCUAUCUCUCUCUCUCAAUAUGUUCAUUAUCUAUCAAUCUAUCUCUCAAUAUGUUCAUUAUCUAUCAAUCUAUCUCUCUCUCUCAAUAUGUUCAUUAUCUAUCAAUCUAUCUCUCUCUCUCUCUCAAUAUGUUCAUUAUCUAUCAAUCUAUCACUCUCUCUCUCAAUAUGUUCAUUAUCUAUCAAUCUAUCUCUCUCUCUCAAUAUGUUCAUUAUCUAUCAAUCUAUCUCUCUCUCUCAAUAUUAUCUAUCAAUUAUCUCUCAAUCUAUCAAUCUAUCUCUCUCUCAAUAUGUUUCAUUAUCUAUCAAUCUAUCUCUCUCUCUCAAUCUCUCUCUAUCUCUCAAUCUGUCUCUCUCUCUCUCUAUAUCAAUCUCUCUCUCUCUCUCAAUAUGUUCAUUAUCUAUCAAUCUCUCUCUCUCUCAAUAUCAUUAUCUAUCAAUCUAUCUCUCUCUCUCUCAAUAUGUUCAUUAUCUAUCAAUCUAUCUCUCUCAAUCAUUAUCUAUCAAUCUAUUCUCUCUCUCUAUCAAUAUCUAUCAAUCUCUCUCUCUCUCUCAAUAUGUUUCAUUAUCUAUCAAUCUAUCUCUCUCUCAAUAUAUUUCAUUUAUCCAUCAAUCUCUCUCUCUCUCAAUAUGUUCAUUAUCUAUCAAUCUCUCUCUCUCUCAAUAUCUCUCAAUCUCUCUCUCUCUCAAUAUCUAUCAAUCUAUCUCUCUCUCUCUCCAAUAUGUCAUUAUCUCUCUCUCUCUCAAUAUUUCUUAUCUCUCUCUCUCUCUCAAUAUGUUCAUUAUCUAUCAAUCUCUCUCUCUCUCUCAAAUAUUUUCAUUAUCUAUCUCUCUCUCUCUCAAUAUAUUUCAUUAUCUAUCAAUCUAUCUCUCUCUCUCAAUAUGUUUCAUUUCUCUAUCAAUAUGUUCAUUAUCUAUCUCUCUCUCUCUCAAUAUGUUUCAUUAUGUUCUCUCUCUCUAUCUCAAUCUUAUCUAUCUCUCUCUCUCUCAAUAUGUUCAUUUAUCUAUCAAUCUCUCUCUCUCCAAUCUAUUUCAAUCUAUCAAUCUAUCUCUCUCUCUCAAUAUUUUCAUUAUCUUCAAUCUUCUCUCUCAAUAUGUUCAUCUCAAUCUCUCUCUCUCAAUAUGUUUCAUUAUCUAUCAAUCUAUCUCUCUCUCUCUCAAUAUAUUUCAUUAUCUAUCAAUCUAUCUCUCUCUCUCAAUAUGUUUCAUUAUCUAUCAAUCUAUCUCUCUCUCUCAAUAUGUUCAUUAUCUAUCAAUCUAUCUCUCUCUCUCUCAAUAUGUUCAUUAUCUAUCAAUCUAUCUCUCUCAAUCCAUAUCUCUCUCAAUCAAUCUCUCUCUCUCUCUCUCUUUCAUUAUCUAUCGAUCUCUCUCUCUCUCUCAAUAUGUUUCAUUAUCUAUCAAUCUAUCUCUCUCUCAAUAUGUUCAUUUAUCUCUCUCUCUCUCAAUAUAUUUCAUUAUCUAUCAAUCUAUCUCUCUCUCUCAAUAUGUUCAUUAUCUAUCAAUCUCUCUCUCUCUCAAUAUAUUUCAUUAUCUCUCAAUCUCUCUCUCUCUCUCAAUAUGUUCAUUAUCUAUCAAUCUAUCUCUCUCUCUCAAUAUGUUCAUUAUCUAUCAAUCUAUCUCUCUCUCUCAAUAUGUUCAUUAUCUAUCAAUCUGUCUCUCUCUCUCUCUCAAUAUCUUUCAAUCUAUCUAUCUCUCUCAAUAUGUUCAUUAA